GACCACCGUGAUCAAGAAGAUCGUCGACUCGAGCCCCCCCAAGAACCGCAUUGACAUUGUGUUCAUCAGGCGUCGGAAGCGGCGUUGUUCUUCAAUGACAUGCAACGACUGACCGACGAAAUGUUUACCGGGGACACGUUCACCCAGUACCUCCCUCUCUUUAACGUAUGGGCGGUACACGUGCCGUCGGUGGAAUCGGGUAUUGGCGUGGGCGGCAAACCUCGCAACACUGCCUUUGAACUGUUUCGCGACGGCACCGAGCUGCGCGCCGUGUACCCCAACAAGCAGCAAUACGCCCGCGACGUGUGCAAAACGGUGGGGGAGUUCGCGUGCGACUUUCCGUCGUUGAUCGGGAACGAUGCGUUCUAUGGGGGCCUCGGGGGGGAGUUCGUAAUCGCGACGAGCUCGGUCACGUCGGGCAUGGUGGUGCUGCGCCACGAGAUGGGCCACAACUUUGGCAAAGUUGGCGAAGAGUACGACGGGGGAUAUGUGUACACCGGCGCCAACUCGGCCACGUCGAUCAAUGCGGCACCGUGGACGCAUUGGUUGACUAACCCUGAUGUGAUCCGCGAGGAGAAGGCCGUCCAGCGGUUCCAAAAGCACAUCUGGUACGAUCUCCAGAAAGGCUCGUACCAGAUCAAGUUCAAGUCGAACGUCGCGUUCAAGCGAUGGUACAUCCAGCUGUCCGUGUCCGGCGCCGACACGAACGAUGCGCUUUCGAUCACGUUGAACGGCGAGCCGCUGCCGUGGACCACCAAGGGCGUCAAGGACCGCUCGUUUUACUCGUGGCGCAGCUCGGACGCGGGGUUCUCUGCCGGCGACCACGUGCUCAACAUCACCGCGGGCGGGUCGUUCGACAGCCCGAUCAUCAAGCAGCUAUGUAACGCCGUGAUCUAUGAAUACGCCGGUGAAGACGAGUUCAAGCUCGACGACAACGACCACAUCGGGUUCUACCCCACGUGGGACAUCAAGAAGCGCCUCUCGUACCGCCCCGACAACGAAAAGUGCCUCAUGCGCAACAUGACGUCGCCCCAGUUUUGCGCGCCGUGCCAGGAAAACAUGUGGCUGCAGUUCCUGACGCGCAUUUCCUUAUCGAAGACGUCGUUGUGACUGGUAAGGACGUCGCGCUCAAGCUCAUCCCGCUGGGCCAACUCCGCCCAAAUCCCAUCCUCAACGAGCGGUACUCGGUCCAGUGGUUCAACAACGGUAACGAAGUCACGACAUUCCGCGACCAGUUCAGCAUUGACGUGUCCACCGUGUCUGGUGCCGCCAAGCAGUGGACGGUUAAAGUCAACUUUACCACUCCCACCAUCCGCGUCGACUCCAAGGGUGUCACCCGUGCCGAACACACGUUCAACGUCGACUACGCUCCUACGACGAACAAGACGCACUGUUAAAGAGUUUGCAGUGUUUUCUAUGUGCUGGAGUACAGUAGUAAUCUCACGCUCCAAAUGCGUACUAGUACAGUGGAGCUACGGAGCUACAUACCGUAAUGCAACCCUACA